CUCAGACUGGUGACUCUGCCUUUUUCCUUCCAUGCAGGUGGUGCGUCUGUGUCAGAACCCAAAGUUGGCAUUGAAGAACAGCCCGCCCUACAUAUUAGAUCUGCUGCCUGAUACGUACCAGCAUCUCCGAACCAUCCUGUCACGCUACGAGGGGAAGAUGGAGACCCUGGGAGAAAACGAGUACUUCAGGGUGUUCAUGGAGAACUUGAUGAAGAAGACCAAACAGACCAUCAGCCUCUUUAAGGAAGGGAAAGAAAGGAUGUACGAGGAGAAUUCUCAGCCUAGGCGCAACCUGACAAAGCUGUCCCUGAUCUUCAGUCACAUGCUGGCAGAACUGAAAGGCAUUUUCCCAAACGGCCUCUUCCAGGGAGACACGUUUCGGAUCACGAAGGCAGAUGCUGCCGAAUUCUGGAGAAAGGCUUUUGGGGAAAAGACUAUCGUUCCGUGGAAGAGCUUCCGCCAGGCCUUGCAUGAAGUACAUCCCAUCAGUUCCGGGUUAGAGGCCAUGGCCCUGAAGUCAACCAUCGACCUGACGUGCAACGACUACAUUUCAGUAUUCGAAUUUGAUAUUUUUACGCGACUCUUUCAGCCAUGGUCCUCUUUGCUCAGGAACUGGAACAGCCUAGCAGUGACUCAUCCUGGCUAUAUGGCGUUCUUAACAUAUGACGAAGUGAAAGCAAGGCUUCAGAAAUUCAUUCACAAGCCUGGCAGUUACAUUUUCCGAUUGAGCUGUACCCGCCUUGGUCAGUGGGCCAUCGGCUAUGUCACCGCAGAUGGGAACAUCCUGCAGACUAUCCCCCACAACAAACCUCUUUUUCAAGCACUGAUCGAUGGCUUCAGGGAAGGCUUUUAUCUGUUCCCCGACGGUCGGAAUCAGAACCCUGACCUGACUGGUCUGUGUGAGCCCACGCCUCAGGACCACAUCAAAGUUACACAGGAACAAUACGAAUUGUACUGUGAGAUGGGCUCCACGUUCCAGCUGUGUAAAAUUUGUGCGGAAAAUGACAAGGAUGUGAAGAUUGAGCCAUGUGGCCAUCUGAUGUGCACUUCCUGUCUCACUUCGUGGCAGGAAUCGGAAGGUCAGGGCUGUCCGUUCUGCCGUUGUGAAAUCAAAGGCACAGAGCCCAUCGUAGUCGACCCGUUCGAUCCUAGAGGAGGAGGAGGGCUGUUGCGGCAAGGUGCAGAAGGAACUCCUUCACCCAGUUAUGACGAUGAUGAUGAUGACAGAGCUGAUGAUUCCCUCUUCAUAAUGAAAGAAUUGGCUGGAGCAAAGGUGGAGCGCCCUCCCUCUCCAUUCUCGAUGACUCCACAGGCCUCACUGCCCCCGGUGCCCCCACGGCUAGACCUUCUGCAGCAACGAGUAUCUAACUCCUCUGGGGCUUCCAGCCCAGGAACCACGUCCAAGGUUGUUCCCAGUUCUCUUCACAAGGAUAAACCUUUGCCGAUACCUCCGACACUGAGAGAUCUCCCGCCUCCGCCUCCUCCAGACAGGCCACAUUCCACUGGGGCAGAGAGCCGACCUCAGAGACGCCCUUUACCCUGUACGCCAGGAGAUUGUCCUGUCAGAGACAAAUUACCACCAGUGCCCUCCAACCGUCAAGGGGAGCCCUGGGCAUCACGGCCCAUUCCAAAAGCACCUCCCGUAGCUCUCAGCCCUAAUGACCCAUGGGCUGGUAGAGAACUGACAAACCGCCAUUCGCUCCCAUUCUCCUUGCCCUCUCUGAUGGACUCCAGACCUGACGUACAUAGGCAUGGCAGUACACUCAGCCUGGAUACUACGACGAACUUGAACAGCGGACCUCCAGCAAACUCAGAGUGUGAGCACCCCAAGAUAAAACCUUCUUCAUCUGCCAAUGCCAUCUACGCUCUAGCUGCCAGACCACUGCCUGUACCAAAACUGCCGCCGGGGGAACAGUCUGAAAGUGAUGAAGACACUGAAUACAUGUCGCCGUCCUCUCUGCCUGUGGUGCCGCCAGGUCCAGCUGGACAAAAACCAGAGCUCAAGCUGCCUUUGGAAAUGACCCAGAGUUUACGAGUGUUGGAGUGUGACCGGCAAGCUGAUGGCUGCACGUAUGAAGCGAUGUACAACAUUCAGUCGCAGGCAGCAUCCUCUAGCUUAGAGAUCACAAACAUUUUUGAUGAGAGGGAUCUGGCUGCAGCUGCUGCCAGUAACGGCCCCGAGGAGUCUGAAAAUGAAGAAGAUGGCUACGACAUCCCUAAGCCGCCUUUGCCCAUCGCCCUUGCACGUCGCACACUGUCCGACAUCUCCAAUGCCACGUCUGCCUUCAGCCGGAUGUCUCUGGAUGGGGAUCCUACAACAGGUUUCUCUGAUGGCACUCAGGUUCCAGAGCGGCCACCGAAGCCUUUGCCACGGAGGAUAAACUCCGAACGAAAGGCCGGCAGCUGCCAGCCGGGGCCUAGCACCCCCCCUCAGCUCUCCAGUGAGAUCGAGAACCUUAUGAGCCAAGGAUACUCAUAUCAGGACAUUCAGAAAGCACUGGUCAUCGCACAUAACAAUAUCGAAAUGGCCAAGAAUAUUCUCCGGGAGUUUGUUUCCAUUUCCUCCCCUGCACACGUGGCCACAUAGCACAUCCCCUCCAUGCCUACAGCUUGUGUGGACCAACUGCCUGGGCAGCCUGUAGCCCAGCUGCGCUCACAAGGGGGAAGGGGGUUCCUUUACGGGCUUCCUGCUGGAUUCAGCCUUGCCUCUGAAGCGAAUCAGUUAACAGGUUUAUGUGGUUCCAGAUUUCAAAGCAAUGGAGUGAGACGGAGCAGAUUGGUGUUUUAUACAGUGUGUGUCUUGGCAUCCUUUUUGGAGUCCUUUCCCUGCCUCUUGUGCGAGAGUACAGAUUUGUUUCCCAGGGCGCUGGUAGACGAAGGGGUCACGACAGGUGAUUCUGGAGCCGGUGCCUGGGGGCAGGGCAGUGCUUUGUGCUGUGAAUUCUAGCGGAGUGCUCUGAAAGCGUCUCCGGGUUGCUGUGGUGUGUCCUGUGGCUCAUGGUACUAGAUUUGGAUCUGUUCACUGCUGUGUGUUUGGCUCAGGCUUUCUAGAGCAGUCGGUAGGUGGCCUUCUGCUGGGAAUAAAUAGGAGAGCUUGGAAGAAACCUCUGCAUUUCUUCCAUUUACUGCGGCGUCCCCCUCCAGGCCCAGAACGGUGUUUAUUGCUCACAAUAGAAAUCCUCUUUAACCUGGAUACUGUGCGACUAGCUGCAGCCAGGCAUCUUUAGCUGCUUAGCGCUGGGAGUUGAACUUCUCCCGGUCUCUCUCUCCUGCUGCUGGCAGGGGCUGGCUGCACCAGAUUCCAGGGAGUCGGAUCCGUUGAACUUUGUGUGCAUGUUUCUCAGGGCUGGGGAGGGGCUGCGCACUGCCUGCUGCUUAUCCUUUUAACCCCGAGCAUUUCUGCAGAAACACUUAGACUUGAUCGCAGCUGGGCUGGACUCACACAGCCCCCCUGGUUGCUCCCGCACACCCUCGCGUAUAGGAACGUCGCAUCUGGUAGACAGUGUUUUAUUGCUCUUAACUGCAUGGCAGCUGUAGCAGACCAGUGCUCUUCACACACAUUCCAUCCUCUCCUUCCGAGAGCUUCUGUGCGAGCCAGCCAUCCAUGUGCCUGGGUGUUCGUGGGCUUGGCACUUGUGUUCUUCAGCACCUUCUCCACUUUGCAGUACAAACGCGAUGGUUCUCUGCACGUCUGUCUGUCUCCCACAGCAUAGGGGCCCUCUCUCUUUGCUACACCAAGGCGUUGCCCGAGCUUGUCAGGCAGAUGAUGCAGGGAAAUGGGGCAUUUACGCAAGAAUCAAACGGGACUUUAAAUGUCAGCGUUGAACUAUCGCUUGUGGACAAACCUGACUUGCUUCUUAUCCAGCUUAAUCCCUUUCACAUCAUGUGUUUCUGAUGUACAGUAAGUAAUUGGUCCCUUCAGAGACGUGGAGGAUUCAGCCCUGCUAAGCUGACAAAUGAACAUAUUGCAGCCUGGGGUCAGCGGACAUGAGCCUUUCAGGUCUUGCCUUGCAUCGGUUGGUUCUCUGUGGUGUCCUGCGCCGGAGCAGCAGUUGCCACAAAGUGAAAUACUGUGGUUUGAAGUAACCUGAGGAUGGGGCGAGGUUGCUUUGUGCAGUUCAGCCAUUUUGCAGACUCGGUUACCCGAUUCCUCAUCUCAGAUCAGAGCCCAAGCCUGAUUCAGAGAGAAUUCAGAGCAUGAGCAAAGGGUCCAAAGGAGGACAUGGCACUAGGUUCUCACUUGAUGUGGAACAAGUUUCUUUCCAAACCUGCAGCCUGGUUGUUGUUGCUGCCGCGUGGGAUCCAGGUAGUACGACCCAGCUUCCACGCGCCUCACGCAUAGUCAGGGGUAGACUCGAGCCCUGCUAAAGGAGAGGGGUGGUUGAAGUGAAUGCCCCCAUGCUCCAUGAAGCAAGCUCUUUCUCCUGCUCCUGCAGCCGGGCCUGUGACAGUGGCCAAGUCCUGCCAGCGUGGCAUGGCAUGCUGGGACUCCAGUCCAAUGCCAGCCCUGGUCAGCACAUCUUCCAGAGCCUUGCGAGAGGAGAAGCUGGCACAAGGGCAGCUCUGCCUGCUCUCUCAGUACAUCCGCAGGAUGCAGUAGCAGUUGUGACCCUGACCCAGCAGUUCCUCACAUCUGAGAAUCGGUUCCUGCUCUGUGCUUUUCCAGUGUGUGCUGGAGGCCCCACUGCUAGCAAUCGCCCCUCUUUAACACCCCCUCUUUUGCAUCUUGGCCCUCAGGAGGGCCACCCACAUGAUCCGGGGACUGCAGGGCAGACCCUACAACGAGAGGUUACGGGACCUGAACCUGUUCAGCCUUCACAAGAGAAAGCUGAGGGGGGACCUGGUGACCGUCUAUAAA